AUGCGCUCGUCAACUCUGCUGUCACUCGUUGCUCUUGCUGCUCAAACACAAGCCGUCAAACUCCGUAAAACAGAGUUCAACGUGUUGAUAUCUUCAAGGCCAGCGCUUAUCUUGUUUACAGCAGACGGCUGCAAAGAGUGUGAUCGAGUGCAAGCAGUGCUGGACAGGGUGUCUCCAGUGCUCACGAAGACCGCCAUCGCCUCAGUCAACUGUAACGACGAACCAACUGUGUGCGAUGACUCUCAGGUCUUCACUGUGCCCACGUUGAAGUUUACAGCCGGCAACAAUGAGUUGGUCACUUACAGAGAAGCUUUAGACGCGUCAUCGGUUGUGAAAUACAUCGAGCGGCAAUCGGGUUCUCCCGUUGUAGAUCUUACCGAAAAGAACCAGCUCGAUUUCGCGCGGUCAGCUCGUGUGGCGGUCGUUGCCCUUCUUGGCGCAGACAAUCAGCAUGAACGCAAGGUUUUUGACGCUGUUGCCGAAAGAUGGCGAGCACAUUACAGUUUUGGCAUUGUUCAUGGCCUUGAGAAAGACAGCGAGGGCCCUUCCAUUGCUGUUUAUACCCAAGAGGAAGACGAUCGAGUUUACUACCGCGGGCCUUUCACUGUCGCGGAUGUCGAGUCCUUCUUGCGAGAUGCAACCCAGCCGCUGAUUCGCGAAUAUGACCCCAUCGUUCAUGAAGAAGCCAUCAAGGAUGAGAAACCACUGGCCCAAAUAUUCCUCAACAAACGCGAUGAUCGGGCUGAGCUUGUCAAGUCUCUGGCUCCGCUUGCUAAGAAGUAUAAGGACCAGCUUUCCUUCAUGACAGUCCUUGCGCCAGAUUACCCCAAAAGAUGUGAGCAGAUGCAUCUUAGCAAGGACAUCAAGCGUGGGUUCGCGAUCGCAAAUCAACAAGGGAGGGCGUAUCCUAUGUCUCAAACGGUGUUCAACGCCAAUAGGGUCGCUAAACAUGUGGCUGCUUACCUGGCCGGUUCACUAAUACCUACCAUCAAGUCAGAGCCAGUGCCUGAAGUGUCGAUUUCCCAGCCUUUUUUGACAAAGUUGGUGGGUAGUAAUUUUGACGACUUGGUCUACGACAAGUCUAAAGAUGUCUUGGUUGAGUUCAACGUACCAUGGUGUCGAUACUGUACCGAUUUGCAAGUUGUGAUGAACGAGCUUGGUUCCAAAUACGCAAAGCUUGGACUUUCUGACAAAGCUGCUCUGGCUACGAUCAACGUCGAUGCGAAUGAUGUACCAGUUGAGAUUGACUCAUAUCCUUCCAUCAGAUUGUAUCGCGCUGGCACAAAUGAGGUGGUGUCGUUCAAAGGCAACUUCACUCAGAUGUUGACGGUUGAACAACUCGAUACUUUCAUUGCUCAGAGCGGAAGUCAUGGGGUCAGUAUCACGGAUCAGAGCGAAAGAGGAGCUCGUGAUGAGCUAUAG